AUGGGGAUGAAUCAUUCAAUGGGGCAGCCUAUGGGGACACAAAUGGGGCAAAUGGAGAACAUUUCUUGUGUGUAUUGUGGUAAGGGUCAUACUUUUGACAAUUGUCCUUCCAAUCCCGCAACUGUGUGUUACAUGGGGAACCAAAAUAGGAAUAGUCCUUAUUCUAAUUCCUACAAUCCAUCAUGGAGGAAACAUCCCAACUUUUCUUGGAGUAAUCAAGGGGCUAGCCCUAGCAAUUCUUCUAUGCCUCCUAGACCAAAUUUCCCACCAGGGUAUUCACCACAAGCACCACAACAAAGGCCACAACAACAAGCAAUGCAAUCUAACUCUCUUGAGAAUAUCUUGAAAGAGUAUAUAAUGAAGAAUGAAGCCAUGGUUCAAAUCCAAGUGGAAUCAUUGAGGAACUUAAAAAAUCAAGUUGGGAAACUAGCUAAUGAGCUUAGAAAUAGACCCCAUGGUGCAUUGCCAAGUGAUACCGAGAAUCCAAGAAAUGUGGGCAAGGAACAUUGUAAAGUUGUCACUUUGAGAAGUGGGAAAGAGUUGGAGAAUACCAAGACAAAUUUUGGGCAUGAGGGGAUGUCGCAGCAUAGUCGCCCAAACAGCUCAAUUUCAAAGCAGCCACCUCCAUUUCCUCAACGUUUUCAAAAGCAAAAGUUGGAUUCUCAAUUCAAGAAAUUUCUAGAUAUGUUGAAGCAGUUGCAUAUCAACAUCCCACUUGUAGAGGCACUUGUGCAAAUGCCUAACUAUGUGAAAUUCAUCAUUAAUUUGUUGUCAAUGUCUGUUUUCAAGCAAUUGGGGAUUGAAGAAGUCAGACCAACUAUAGUAACUCUUCAACUUGCAGAUAGAUCUCUUGUUCAUCCAAAUGGGAAGAUUGAAUAUGUGUUGGGUGAGCUUACUAUGAGGGUCCAAGAUGAAAAGGUGACUUGUAAUGUUCUUAUGGCUAUGAAGUUUCCUAAUGAGGUUGAGGAAUGCUCAGUGGUUUCAGUGGUAGAUUUUUUUGCAUCAAAGGAGUUUGGGACUAGUAGAGUUGAUGAUCCAUUAGAGAGGUUAUUGUUGUUUGACUCUCAAAAUGACAAAGAUGAGAAGAAGUACUUAGCUUGGUUGGAGGAUAAUUCUCAAGGGUUAAGAACAAGAGUGGAGUUGACUCAGGAACAAGAAGUAAAGUUGCAUGAGGUGUUGAGAAAGUUCAAGAAGGCCAUUGGGUGGACUAUUGCAGAUAUUCGAGGUAUUAGUCCUUCUUUGUGUAUGCAUAAGAUCUCGCUUGAAGACAGUGAAAAAGGUUCUAUUGAGGGGCAAAGGAGACUAAAUCCUAUCAUGAAGGAAGUGAGAAAGAAGGAAAUUAUCAAGUGGUUAGAUGAUGGAAUUAUUUAUCCUAUCUCUAACAAUUCAUGGGUGAGCCAUGUUCAAUGUAUGCCUAUGAAGGGUGGGAUCACAGUGGUGAAGAAUGAAGACAAUGAGUUGAUUCCUACUAGAACUGUGACUGGAUGGAGAAUUUGCAUGGACUACAGGAUGCUAAACAAGGCCACUAGAAAGGAUCAUUUCCGUCUUCCUUUUAUUGAUGAGAUGUUAAAUAGACUUGCUGGGAGAGAGUAUUAUUGUUUCCUUGAUGGGUACUCUGGUUACAAUCAAAUAGGAGUGUCACCAAAAGAUCAACACAAGACUACAUUCACUUGCCCAUAUGGUACUUUUGCAUUCAGGAGAAUGCCCUUUGGUUUGUGCAAUGCUCAGCAAUGUACAAUGGCCAUUUUUACUGAUAUGGUGGAGAAAUUCUUAGAGGUAUUCAUGGAUGACUUCUCUAUUUUUGGUGAUUCUUACGAUGACCCUUUAAGUAAUUUGGCUAAUGUUUUGCAAAGAUGUGCUCAACUCAACUAUACAGUGACAGAAAAAGAACUUUUGGCCAUUAUCUUUGCUUUUUACAAGUUUCGGUCUUAUUUGGUGGGAACCAAGAUGAUAGUCUAUAUGGAUCAUUCAGCCAUCAAGUACUUGAUUGAAAAGAAGGGUGCUAAGCCUCGGUUCAUUAGAUGGGUGCAUUUGCUUAAAGAGUUUGAUGUGGAAAUUCAAGAAAAUGAGUGGAGAACCAAGUGGCGGAUCAUUGUCAAAAAUGGAAGGUGA